ACAAUGGCACCUAUUCGUUUGCGACAUCCCAAGGGCGUCACAACGUUGCAAAUUGACCUUGAUAACGCUCUAGUUCAAGACCUCCAGCAGGAGAUAUUUGGCGCGUCACAAAUAUCACCAUCGCAGCAAGAACUCAGAUCCGGGUACCCACCACGAUCGCUCACGAUUAUCCCGGAGCUUCCGCUUUCGAGUCUGGGAUUAAAGCCCGGCGAUCAGGUCAUUGUGAACCAGAACGUAUCAAGCUCGGCGCGCGCCCCGCCUUCCCCACCCAAGGCCAACCCUGUAUCUUCACAGCCAGCUCAAGCCCCACUAUCGCAACCGAAUUCAAACAGGCUCGCAUCGAGCAGUAGCGGUCCAGACUAUGUUGACACACCAAACGGUGUGUUAGUGCACAGGAUCGUGCCGGAUGAUAACUCGUGUCUUUUUUCGUCCAUCGCUCUCAUUUUUGAGCAAGAUGCCCGUAAGGCGCAAAAGAUACGGCAAGUCGUUGCAGAUGGCAUCCGAGCAGACAUGGAAACCUACAAUGAAGCUAUUCUGGGCUUGAGCCGAGAUGCGUACAUCGCUACCAUUCUGAAGCCUUCGACAUGGGGAGGUGCAAUCGAACUUGGCAUCCUCGCUAAGCAUUAUGGCACAGAGAUUGCAUCUAUCGAUGUCGAAACCGGAAGGGUUGAUCGUUUCGAGUCGCCAUUAGAGGCGAGCACAGGCAAUCGUUGCGUUGUCAUCUAUUCUGGCAUUCAUUAUGAUGCCGCGUCAUUGGCGCCCAUGGCUGACGCUCCACCUGAGUGGCACCAGACUGUCUUUCCGAUCAUUUCCGCGGACGAAGACGAUCCAAUUCUGUCAGCUGCUAAACAAUUAGCUACUAUCCUACGGGGAAAGAAAGCGUAUACCAACACUUCAACGUUUGAUCUCAAAUGUGAAGACUGUGGCAAGGGACUGAAGGGUGAGAAGGACGCGAGAAUGCAUGCCCAGGAAACGGGGCAUGUUCGAUUCGGAGAGUAUGAAUGAUAUCGAUUCUUGGCCCGUUCAUAUCAUCAUCCUUAUGUUGUAUGUAUUUCAUUAAGAACGAUGACGCGCGAAAGGAAAGAAAUAUGCACAUAUCGCGAGUGCUGCCGAAUUUAGCUUCCCGUGACGAUACUGCUCUCUAUUUCCAUCACCACUGGUACAUGGUCUGAUGCGCCAUAGAUCUCACUUCUGAUCUCGCACAUCUUGACCUUUUCCACUAGUCGCUCGCUCACCACAA